AUGCCCGUCCGACCCCUCCGCCCGAAACAGCUCGUCGAGGGGCUACUCGUCCCGCUCGUGACCAAAAGACUGAAGGAGAGCUUUGAUCGUAAUUUGAUCAUCAAGAUGCCUCAAUUUGAGGAACCAGUGGCGGUGCAGGGGCAGGCCAGAUGGGUUAUGACGCGAUGUUGCCAAUGCGCCAACCUGUAUCUCGUCGAGGAUGGGGUGAUCGAGGCGACGUAUACCGACCCUGACGAGGGCGGGAUGGAGUUGCAGCUUUGGAAGUUCGGGCUGUUUCCUUUGAGACCGAUUGAGGAUGGGGAGCGCCUUCGAUGGCAUGUCGGCAGGGAGGAUAUCCAAUGGUAUCCCGGCGGACGUGAUCAUGACGGAAGUGAUGAUGGAGCCGAGAUAAUGCAGCGGCUGAUCUACCGCAGACGCGACAUACACCUCGACUCCGAGACUCGAGCGCGGAUCGAGCUCGAUCCAGAGCUGAAGACUCCUCGGCAUGACUGCUACCGGGAUUUCAUAGCCGAGCAUACCUUUGCGACCGGCGUCAGGCUCUUGCGUCCGCUCGUGCAUGGCUCUGGUCCAGCGCCGGAGGGGUCGAGAAAGCUGAAGUCUGGGGACGCUAGGGUCAUGCUCAUCAGUGGGAAGCGAUACAUUUUGGAUCAAGGCGGAUGCAAGACUUGUGCCAACGUCAAGAUAUGCCCGGACUCCCUUCAUCGAUAUCCGAAUAGCAUCCAGCUCGAGCUCAUCACGACUAGGCGGGUGGAGAAGGGAGAGGCAAUUAAGUGGUGGGCAUCAGAUGGCUGUGGGGAUCAGGAUGUGUGUUAUCAUCAUAGAGCUUUCUAG